UCGUGGAUGUUGGUGGAGAGCCCACUAACCACGUUAAAAACAGUGUUACCUCUGGGUCUUCCUUUGGGUCGCACGAUACGUCCCUUGCUAGCUAAUGCUGCGGAUGCGUAACUUCUUCACACAAGCUCUUCCAUUGUCGCCUUUCCUCAGGGUCUCAAAUCGCCGUGGUUUUCCUGUCAGGGAGAUGGUUAUAUCCAAUAACUUGGUCGUCGGGAACCCUGCUGCCUUAGAGAAGAAGAAGGCCGCCAUCAGGAAUGCGGGCCUCGACAAAUUGCAGGUCAUUGCAGAUUUUGAUGCUACUUUAACAAAGUACUGGGUUAAUGGAUAUCGAGGGCAGAGCACCCAUGGUCUAUUGCAGCAAGGAAAUCCUGAGUACGAUGUCAAGAGAAGAGAACUAUUUGAUUAUUAUCAUCCUCUGGAAUUCUCACCAACAAUUCCCCUUGAGGAGAAAACACAGCUCAUGGAAGAAUGGUGGGAGAAGACUCAUAGUCUUCUGCUGGAGGGGGUCACCCAUGAUGCUAUAAAGAGGUCUGUAUCCAAUGCUAUCAUAGAGUUUCGAGAUGGAGUUGUUAAGUUGUUUGAGCUUUUGGAGGAAAAAGGUGUGCCUAUUCUAAUAUUUUCUGCUGGCCUUGCAGACAUCAUAGAGGAGGUUUUGGGGCAGAAACUUCAUAGAUCUUUCAAGAAUGUGAACAUUGUGUCUAACCGCAUGAUAUUUGAUGAUAGUGGGCACCUUGUGGCUUUCAGAGGAAAAACAAUCCAUGUUCUGAACAAGAAUGAACACGCACUUGACAUGGCAGCACCACUUCAUAACCAACUGGGAGGAAGUUAUGUAGUUGAGGAUGACUUUUCUGCAAUAAAAAAAAGAACGAAUGUGCUGCUUCUAGGGGACCACAUCGGAGACCUGGGAAUGUCAGAUGGUUUGAAGUAUGAAAAUCGCAUAUCGAUUGGAUUCUUGAAUGAUGAUGUUGAAAAGUCAAUUGAAGGUUAUAGACAAGCAUUUGACAUUGUUUUUCUGAAUGAUGCCUCCAUGUGGGGAGUGGUUGAUCUUGUUACCGAACUUGCUUCUUCAUUGGAACAUAGGGAAAACGAAGAUUAGAGAUAGCUAAUGCAAGCUAUUUAUAUAUUUUCUCUAAGAUGUUUCUGGUGGAAGUACUUUGUGACUUUUAGAUCUAGCUGAAAUAUAGCUUGUUUGUCCUUUUAGCAAUGCAGAUUAAUGCUGCUUUGAAUUACUUUUGUUAUGGUAACUUUUGAUGCUAAAUCUGGAGAAAGUCCUCUCUGAAAUGUUCGGAAUUUCAGGCACAAUGUAUUGUUGGCUAAAAGAGGAGGUUCUUAAGAACAAAUCAUGUGUUAUGCCUGAUAGGUUUAGUUUAAUGUCGAUCUGUCUUAA